CACAAUUUGCCGCUCGACCACGACACCAUGCUUUUUGAAGUGAACCGGAAACUGUUCAGUCGGUCAGAGAGGGUAAAGGGUGUUGACUUUCAUCCCACCGAGCCUUGGCUUCUCGCUGGUCUUUACAACGGCACUGUCAAUAUCUACAACCACGAGACCGGUGCAAUCGUCAAGACAUUCGAGGUUUCGGAGGUCCCCGUUCGUUGCUGCAAGUUUAUUGCGCGCAAAAACUGGUUCGUCGCUGGCUCCGACGACUUCCAACUUCGCGUUUUCAAUUACAACACCCAUGAAAAAGUUGCCUCAUUCGAAGCACACCCCGACUACAUCAGAUGUCUCGCAGUACAUCCUACCGCCCCCAUCGUCAUCACGGGUAGCGACGAUAUGACGUUGAAGGCUUGGGAUUGGGAUAAGGGCUGGAAAAACAUUCAGGUCUAUGAAGGACACUCGCACUUCAUCAUGAACAUAUGCUUCAACCCCAAAGACUCCAACACCUUCGCCACCGCUUGUUUGGACCGCACGGUCAAAAUGUGGAGUAUCAGCUCAUCCACUGCCAACUUCACCAUGGAUGCACACGAGAAGGGUGUCAACUCGGUCGACUUUUAUACCGGGAGCGACAAACCUUACCUUGUCACAACCGGCGAUGACAAAACUGUUAAGGUUUGGGACUAUCUCAGCAAGAGUUGCGUCCAAACGAUGGAGGGACACACCAACAACGUGUCUUUUGCUGUCUUUCACCCCAAUCUCCCCUUGAUCAUCAGUGGUAGCGAGGAUGGGACUGUGAAGAUUUGGAACAGUGGGGCAUAUCGCAUAGAAAACACACUAAGCUAUGCACUGGAGCGCGCUUGGUGCAUUGCCUUGCGGAAAGGUUCCAACGAUGUGGCUUUUGGUUUCGAUGAGGGUGUUGUUGUCAUCAAGCUUGGCCGCGACGAACCUGCCUACAGCAUGGAUGCUUCUGGCAAGCUGAUCUACACCCGCAACCAAGAAGUCCUUUCGGGCAAUAUCCAAACGAUCGAAACUUCCGCGGCUGAGGCUGCUGACGGUUCUCGACUCCGUUUAUCAUGCAAAGAAAUCGGUCACACAGAAAUUUACGCCUCGUCAAUUAUCCACUCUCCGAACGGUCGAUUCGUCACUGUUGUGGGGGACGGUGAAUAUAUCACUUACACGGCGCUCGCCUGGAGAAAUAAGUCAUUUGGCAAUGGCAUGUCAUUCGCCUGGGGACCGGAUUCGAAUACCUACGCCGUUCUAGAAAGCAAACUCAAGAUCAAGGUCUACAAGAAUUUCAAGGAGCGUGCGUACGGAGUGAAAGGAGGGGCUGGUUGGGCAGUUGACAGCUUGUAUGGAGGACCAAUUCUUGGCGCUUGUGGUGCUGGAUUCAUCGUGUUUUGGGACUGGGACACGGGCGAACUCGUCCGCCGGAUUGAAGUAGACGCCAAGAGUCUCUACUGGUCAGGCACAGGACAGCUGCUUGCGAUUUGCGCCGAAGACUGCUUCUAUAUCCUGCGAUUCCACCGCGAAGAAUAUGACAAUGCCCUCACAUCCGGUGAAACUAUUUCUGAAGAAGGUGUUGAGAUGUCCUUUGAGGUCGUCAUAGAUGUUUCCGAUAUCGUCAAGACUGCUAAAUGGAUAGGCGACUGCUUCAUCUACACGACCACUACCAACCGAGUGGCCUACUUUGUUGGUACUUCGUCUUAUAGCAUCAGUCCUUUUGAUACGCCACUAUAUUUGCUGGGUUAUAUGCCUGCCCACAGUCGUGUCUAUCUGGCAGACAAAGAUAUGAACAUUUACAGUUACGGUUUAUCGUUAGCCAUGGUCGAAUACCAGACAGCGGUUAUGCGACACGACAUGGAAGCUGCCGCUGAGAUUUUGCCAACACUUCCAAAAGAUCAGCUCAACAAAGUUGCGCGUUUCUUAGAAGGCAGAGGUCUGAAGGAGCUUGCUCUGACUAUUUCAACGGAUCCAGACCACAAGUUCGAUCUGGCGCUCCAACUAGACGACCUCGAUGUCGCCGUAGAAAUAGCAAGGUCAGUUCCAGCGCUCGAGGCGGAACUCAAAUGGAAGUCUCUCGGAGAUCGUGCCUUGACGGCUUGGAGGUUUGACUUAGCGAGGGAAUGCUUCGAGAAGGGGAACGAUCUCAGCGCACUGAUGCUCCUUUUGCUGUCGACCGGAGACAGAGAAGGACUAGCCGCGUUAUCUUCGAAAGCAGUUGAGAAGGGGCAGAACAAUCUUGCAUUCACUAGUCUAUUGCAAUUGGGAGACGCCAACGCUUGUGUUGAUCUGCUCAUCAAGACACAACGGGCGCCGGAAGCCGCGCUGUUUGCUCGGACUUACGCUCCAGGAGAGAUCGGCAAGGCGGUUGAUGCAUGGCAUUUUGAACUGGAGGCGAAGAAGCGGCCAAAGAUUGCUGCGACGGUGGCACACCCCCAAAAGAACGGAGAGCUUUUUGAAGAGAGUGCCCUUGUCGAUGUACAGUAG